UGACAGCCGACGGCACGAUGCAGUUCCGAAGUUCAAAGAUGCGUUUAUCGUCUUUUAACUGAAUUACCACUCGCUUCGGUACCACCUUUACGGCGAAGAAAGAUGGCCGAAUCGAAAACCACAAGAUCGUUUAUUGCUGGUCAUCUUACCGACACUGAGGAGCAAAAAUCAACGGUCAGAAAGCGGAACCUUCUUGUGCUAAUUCUUCACUAUCUCAAGCACCAUGGACUCUUGGAGACGGUGGAGGCCCUCAAGACGGAGUCAAACAUGAAGUUGGACCAGUAUGUGCUCUGCGACAACAUUGACUUGGAGCUGAUACUCCAAGAGUAUGAGACAUUCCAGUUUGUCAAGUUCAGAAAGCAGCCGAACAUUAUCCGGAGACCCGACGGAGAUGGUCUGGAUACGAUGGUAAACCACACAAAGACAACCAAAGCAAGGAUUGCGCAAGCCCACUCGACUCAGACGGCGAGCAAUGGUGGGGGCUCGUUUGUCAGCGCAUUUCGGAUACGCUCGCUGCACCGGAACACCGACGAAGACAAAUCCAAAGCCGAAUCUGCUCCUACAAAACUCAAGCACUCAACGGAGAGCUCAUUUCACCCAGAGCACAUCACUAUUGACCGACGCCUUGGCAUUCAGAUCUGCACACCAGGAAUGCCCCAGCUAAAGUUUCCACCAGCUGCUGGAACUAGCUUGGGGGCUGACUGGGGAAACCUUGUUGACAUUAUUUCCAAGGAUGUGUAUGUGGACAGCCCCAAUGUUCACUGGAGUGACAUUGUGGGUCUUGAUUCGGCCAAGCGGCUUAUCAAGGAGGCCCUUAUUUAUCCCAUGAAGUAUCCUGACAUCUUUUCUGGAAUCAUGGGCCCCUGGAAGGGGCUUCUGCUCUUCGGACCACCAGGAACGGGAAAAACGAUGCUGGCCAAGGCAGUUGCCACCGAAUGCAAGACGACCUUCUUCAACAUCACUGCGUCCACGCUGGUCAGCAAAUGGAGGGGGGAGUCGGAGAAGCUAGUUCGGGUUCUCUUCGAAAUGGCCCGCCACAACUCACCAUCAACCAUUUUUCUGGACGAGCUCGAUGCACUCGUUGGCGCCAGGGGAACAUUAGUGAGCAGCGAAAAUGAGGCAAGUCGGCGCAUGAAGAGCGAGCUCCUCAUCCAGAUGGAUGGACUGAUCAACUCCAAGGACCACGUGUUCGUGCUCGCCACUUCCAACUCUCCGUGGGACCUCGACCAUGCCGUGCUGCGGAGGUUGGAGAAGCGGAUUCUGGUGCCGCUGCCCGGCAAGGACGCCCGGGCGUUCCUUUUUCAUAAGUUCCUCGCUGGACAGGGUGGAAAAGAUGGCCGCCGGGGCAGUUCCCUCGUGGCACCGGAUGUGGACUACGGCCUUGUUAGCGAGGCUUCCGAAGGCUACUCGGGAUCAGACAUUAAGGUUGCUUGCAAGGAAGCAGUGAUGCGUUCGCUGCGCCAGGCACUAGAGGCCGCCGAAACCUGCAGUGCCGAGGAGGACCUGAGCGACCACAUCGCGCCAGAACCUGUGUCGACACGCGACAUCUUGGAUGCUGUUGCACAGACCAAGCCGACGGGGAAGUUGCUUGCCAGUCGCUACGAGACUUGGCACCAGGAGUUUGGGUCGUCCCUCUCCUAAUGCUACACUCCACCCCUGCACAGAAACCUGAUGACAGGUGCCGCAGGGAAGAAAAGAAUGUGAUAAGUCUGAGGACAAGAUGAGGUAUUGGCAAAACUUUUUCCAGCACCUUUGGCUGCAAGAUGUUGCCAAAGUUUUGGUAAAACUUUUGGCAACAAGAUGUUUGCUAAUGGUAUUUUAUAUUAUUAAAAGAAAGCUCUCGCAUAGAUGUUUGAAAGGCAAAGGCUAUACUGAUAGAUCAAGACACUUUUCUGAUGUAACAGACGUUUUUGACAAGAUGUUGGAAGGUGUUAUUGAAAGUUUUGGCGACGAGGUGUUUGCCAAAAGUGUACUGUUACAUCAAUAAGGCCUUCACCUAGCUGUUUGAAAUCUGCUUUAUUGACAUAACAGACUCUUUGGCAGUGGGAGGCUGCCAAAGUGUUGGUAAAAGUUUUGGAAGUGAGAUGCUACUCAAAGUGUCUGUUGUAUCAGUAAAGUGUAGCAUUCCCGACAGCUAGAUAAGGGCGAAGCAAGUUCUAGAGUUAACCUGUUGAGCGGUCGUUGGUCAAUCUCGGCCGUCAACGCUCGCAGCUGCGAGUUAUCGUCGAAAGUACAAGUACAAGCUCAUAGCCUCCUAUAUUGCCAUUAUGUUAUCCUCUUCGUGGAGGCUUCUUCAAAGGCCAAUAACUUCUGUGUAUAGUCUUUAUUUCUGAUUGCAUUGUGAAGAAACGAGGAACGGCAGCCGCAUUUAUUGUGACCGGGAAUUUCCUUCAUGGUUAAAGGCGCGAGAAAAACAAGGUCACUGGACCAUCAUCCACGCAUCUCUUGCCAUCAGUCUCCUAACAUUUUUCAAUAAUAUCUGCAAGUUGCUAACAGUUUUGAUCCACCUAGUUACAUCAUGAUGAUUGCGAGAUCUGUCAAGUCGCAAUAGGGUCAGAGCCGAACCGCAUUAACCACAAUCCGACCCAUGUCGGCCGUCGGCUGGCUUCAGUUGGAACGAUUUUCCGGACCGUUGGACAGUCUCUGCAUCCCCGAAUUGCUGUUGAGGACGAUUUACAUCACUAGCACCGAACUGCGGCUAUCUAGGGGCUGAAUUCGUUCUACAGUCAGUUGCAGGUUAAGGAAAGGAGAAGCCCCCCCCCCCCCCCAAAGCUCUCCGUUUGCCACGAUUGGUUGUUUCCUCCUCUCCACUCUCCUCAUCUCUAGCAUUCGCUUUGCUAAAGUGGAAAGGGUGCGAGGCUUUAUGGGAGGAGCCUGUUUUCCUUCUCUUGACCUGCAACAGGCUAUAGGACUGCUAACCCGCAUCUUGCAUUGCAACAACCACCAUCUUGCUUGCAAUGCCGUCACGUUGUGGGAAAAAUUGCUUGGUCCCAAUAGGGCCAUCGGGAGUGAAUAAGAGAACUUCGGGACUCCAGUCUCCCUCUUUUUUUUUCCCUGAGAUUUCUGACCACCCUACCUACCUACCGCCCAUGAAGCCCACAGUCCGACCCAAGCUGGUCAUGCCCAACUUUGUGUAGAAAAAAAGAUACUAACCACAAUAAUUUUCAUAUUGAUUUUAGAACUGCCCAAAUAUAUAUGUAAGUCUCCUAAACCCGUAGCAAAUAAUUGUGAUUAUGCCAUGCAACUCGGAUUAAAGUACUGUCACCCUUUUAUUCUUUUUUUUUCCCUACAUGGUUGAUUAAAAGAAGUCGAGGAAGCUUUUAGGCUUUCUUGAGGCUGACUCGUUCUAGCCAAGUAGAGCCUAGAGGCCUCAUAUCAAUAGACUGCUAUACUUGAGGGCCUUACUUUGAGUCUUUUGUGGCAUUGUUUCAACUUGUAUAUAUUCUUUUAGGAUUACUACUAAAAGCGGUGUUCGUUUUGUGCAGAAAUCUAUUUGUAACUCACAGAUGCCAACUCCUUACAUGAAAAGGAGACUCCCGUCAGCAUUUUGCUUAAGCCACUGAUGUUUGCAGAACAAAGAUUAGUAGUUCACUCCUCUCAAUGCUUGGGUAUUGGUCGAGGUUCCAAAAACCCCGGCGCUAUAAGCGAUCUUGGCCCAAAGCGUUGCUCAUUUCGAAGGCAGCUUUUUAAGUAGUAGAUAAACUUGAUAAAAACCUCUAGCUACGGCUCUCCUUGUGCCAAAGUAUCUUGUGCCAAGCUGUCUUUCACAGCAUGAAAGCACUCUGUACUUUGACCUCCAACUCCAUGACCUAAGCACAAACGAUUUCAUAUACCCUUAAGUAAACAGUUACGCAGAAUUGUGAGCAUCGCGAAAUGCCACGGAAAUAGUGUACUCAACAACAAUAACCAAAUCGCAAUAAAAAUGAUUGUUUACCCACCA